AUGGACACACUGCUCCAGGAGAGGAGAGUCCCUGUUGAGGACGCUGAGGCACGCUCCAGGAUCGGAGCGAUUGAGCAUAUCGCCAGGCAGCGAUUGGCCGAGUUCCCGUUCACGUGCGAGUGGGAUGUCGAGGCACGUCGGGUGACUAGGCUCAUUUGCUGGAUUCUGUCGGAGUUGCGCGCAGUUCGUGGGCCAUUCAUGGGUCCUAAACGUAAGAGUGUUCCAGAGACGGCGGCAGCAGGUGGGGCCGAUCCCGCACUUGUACAAAUGUUGGCUCUCAUGCAGCAACAAAUGGAAAAUCUUGCAGCACAGCAACAGCGACCACCAGCUCCUCCAGCUGUAAGUUUUAAGACAUUUCAGGCAGUUCAUCCAUCAGAGUUCAAGGGUGCUGCGAACCCGGUGGAGGCCAGUGGAUGGCUCAAGGAGAUAGAAAAAGCAUUCGAUAUAGCAAAAGUGGGAGAGGAACAAAAGACCCAGUUUGCUAGCUACUUUUUAAAGAAUGAGGCAAAUUACUGGUGGGAAUCGAAGAAAGCCUUGGAGGGAGGUAACAUAAUUACUUGGGAAAGCUUUAAAGUAUUGUUUUUAGAGAAGUACUUCCCUAGGCACAUGCAGAAUCAAAUGGAGAUUAAGUUUUUGGAACUUAAGCAGGAUAAUAUGAGUGUGGCAGAUUAUGAGGUCCGCUUCACUGAAUUGGCAAGGUUCGUUCCAGAUCAAGUUGAUACAGACGAAAAGAGGGCUAAAAGAUUUCAGCAAGGGCUGAAGGAUUGGAUCCGUAGUAGGGUGGCCACGUUUGAAAUGCCUUCGUAUGUUUCUAUAGUUCAGAAGGCCAUGAUCAUUGAAAAUGAAAGUGAAAUGUCCCAGAAAAAUAGAGAUGGGAAAAAGAAGAAGGUGGAGGCUCUAGAAGGGAGUCAGAGGCAAGGGAGUUCUCAGGGCCGUUUUAAUAACAUGCCAGACUUUCAGUCAAAUCGGUGUGUGGGGUUCAGAAGACCACCAGUGGGAAAUAGAGGUCAGAAUAAUCAGUUUCGUCCUCGGAACCUGCAGAGAUUCAAUAAUCCACCAGUGUCAAGCUGUAGAUUUUGUGGUGGUAAACAUUUUAGGAACAAUGUGACUUGCUACAAGUGCAACCAAAAGGGGCAUUAUGCGGGGGAGUGUAACAGUCAGGCACCGAACCCAAUGCCAGGAACACAUUGCUUUAAGUGUGGAAAGACAUGCCAUAUUUUUAAGAAUUGUCCAUCACCAGGGGCAAUGGGUAAUAUUCCAAGGAUUUCGGGUCCUCUAGCUCAGAACGUGCCAAGAAUAGCUGGACCAUCUAAUCAGAACCAGCCUAAAGCCGGAACCUUCAACAUGACUAUGAAGGAUGCAGUGCAGAGUUUAGACGUAGUUGCAGGUACGCUUCCCAUGAACUCCAUAAAUGCUAAAGUAUUAAUUGAUUCUGGAGCUACGAGAUAUUUUGUUUCUAAGGAUAUUAUUGAUAAAUUGAAUUGUGGAGUUCGACCUUUAGAACAAGCAUUAGUAAUUGAGUUAGCUAAUAAGGAUCGAGUUGUGGUCGAUCAGAAUUUUCCAGGGUGCGACAUUGUUAUAGCAGGACAUCAUUUUUCUGCCAACUUAAUACCUUUUAAGUUAGGCGAGUUUGACGUUAAGAAAUUUCUUACCAUCACACAAGCCAAGAGGUUAUUACGCCAGAAUUGUGAGGCAUACUUGGCUAAUGUCAUAGAUACUAACCAAGAAGUUCCACCUAUAGAAGCCAUUCCAGUGGUUAAUGAGUUUCCGGAUGUCAUUCCAAAUGAACUACCAGGAUUACCUCGAGACAGAGAGGUGCAAUUUGAUAUUGAUCUAGCACCAGGAACCGAACCAGUAUCAAAGGCACCGUAUAGGAUGGCCCCCGUGGAAAUGAAAGAGCUAGCAACUCAGCUUCAAGAUCUUUUGGGGAAGGGGGUGAUAAGACCAAGUAUAUCCCCGUGGGGCGCACCAGUAUUAUUUGUUAAGAAGAAGGAUGGUAGCAUGAGGUUAUGUAUUGAUUAUCGCGAGCUCAAAAAAUUGACUAUUAAGAAUCGGUUUUCUAAAAUUGAUUUAAGAUCUGGCUAUCAUCAGUUGAAGAUAAAGCCUGAAGAUAUUCCAAAGACUGCUUUUAGAACAAGGUACGGCCAUUUUGAGUUCUUAGUAAUGGCGUUUGGAUUAACGAAUGCACCAGCAGCUUUCAUGGCUCUCAUGAACAGAGUUUUUAGGAAAUAUUUGAACAAGUUCAUGAUUGUGUUCAUAGACGACAUUCUGAUAUAUUCAAAGACAGAAGAAGAGCAUGCUGAACAUUUAAGAUUAGCUUUGGAAGUCUUGAGAAAGGAGAAAUUGUAUGCUAAGUUUUCUAAGUGUGAGUUUUGGUUACAAGAAGUGCAAUUUCUUGGGCACGUAAUUAGUAAUGAAGGUAUCAAGGUAGACCCAGCAAAGAUUGAGGCAAUUAUAAAUUGGGAAAGACCAAAGACGCCCACUGAAGUUAGAAGUUUUAUGGGAUUCGCUGAAUACUACCGGAGAUUUGUUAAGGACUUUUCUAAGAUCGCGACACCAUUGACGAAGUUGACCCGAAAGAAUGAGAAGUGCGUAUGGAAUGAUCAAUGUGAAGAAAGUUUCCAAGAGUUAAAGAAAAGGUUAGUAACAGCACCAGUAUUAGUUCCACCUGAUGAUAAAGGGGACUUUGUAUUUUACAGUGAUGCUUCUCACAAAGGAUUGGGAUGUGUUUUGAUGCAACAUGGAAAGGUUAUUGCUUAUGCUUUUAGGCAAUUGAGACCUCAUGAACAGAAGUAUCCAACACAUGAUUUGUAA